GACGUCAAAUGUUUUGGGCUGUAACGCUGAACUGCUGGAUAAAUACAAGCUAAACUACCUUAAAUACUAUAUUUUUAAACGUCACAAAUCAUUGCAUCGUUGUAUAUGUUCUUGUCAGUUCUUAGUCUACCAGUAGGUUUCAUUUUUGGGGAGGUAGGUUUGUAGAAAACAGCUCUGGCGUUGAUGACAGAUAACACUGCUUCGAUGGGAGUCGACCAGGAGGAGCCGGAGGAGAAGGAGCUCUCUGCGGGGAGGCGGGUCUCCUGCGACGGGGAGCGGGCCACGGUGCGGUACGUGGGCCCGGUGCCACCGACAGCAGGGCUGUGGCUCGGCGUUGAGUGGGAUAACCCGGAGAGAGGCAAACACAACGGCACCCACGGGGGAGUCCAGUACUUCACGUGCAGGCACCCUAAAGGAGGCUCCUUUGUCCGUCCAGCCAAGGUGAGCUUAGGAGUGGACUACCUCACCGCUGUGCAACAGUUGUAUCGGAUCGACAAGGAGGAGGUGCUGAGGGAGGAGAUCUCCAUCGACUCGAAGAAGCUCAAGUGGGGCAGAAUCAAGGACCGCGGUUUAGAGAGUCUUCCAUCGGCGCUGCUGGGCUGCUGUGAAGUGAACGGGUCCGGGCCUGAUGGAGAAAUCAGGGAAACAACGCCAAACGUUGAGUGGUUGGACAUCAGUGGCUCUCUGCUGUCCUGCUGGGAGGAAGUGUCAGCCAUCACUCAGCAGCUGGACCAACUGGAGGGACUACAGCUCAGUAACAAUAGACUGAGUUUGCCCUCUGACCCCUCGGCUCACUGCCAGGCUUUCCGCAGCAUCAAAGUCCUCGUCCUGAACGGCUGUGAACUCACCUGGCCACAGAUCCUGCAGUGCGCCCCCAUGUGGCCACAGCUUGAGGAUCUCUGUGUAGAAGAGAACGACAUCACUGAGCUGCAGAGGCCUGAAGGAGUUCUGCAGUCUCUGAAGAGCCUCAGCGUGUCCAGUAAUCCUUUAGUGCAGCACAGUGUGCUAAGUUUAGCUGCUCUGCCCAGACUUGAGCAUCUGAACUUGUCCAGGACUGGACUGUCUGACAUUCGAUUUGACGACGCUGCUCCUGGAUCUCAAACAGCCAUGUUCUCAGCGCUGACCAAGCUCAACGUGGACCACAACAACAUCACAGAGUGGUGUGUGGUGGAUGAACUGGGGAAGCUUCCCAGGUUGGCUCACUUUGUGUGUCGCAGUAACCAACUGGUGAGCAGUGAUGGAAACCCCAAAACAGCCAAUCAGCUGCUCAUCGCCAAACUGCGACAUCUGGUCUUCCUCAACAACUGUGAGAUCACCCAAAAGGAGAGGAGGGGGGCGGAGCUCGACUACAUCAAGAUGUUUGGAGAGGAGUGGCUGAAGGCGGGUGGGGGGAGUCAGACGAGCACCGAGUUCAUCAGUCAGCACCCUCGUUACCUGAGCCUCAUCGACAAGUACGGCGCUCCAGAGGAAGGCGAGCUGAAGAAGCCGGAGCCGUUUGCUCUGAAAAAUCAGCUGUUAAAGAUUAAGUUUAUGUUUCCUGAUGACGCCGACCGGAAGCCUAUUGAGAAGAAGCUUCCAGCCUCCAUGGUUGUUCAGAAAGUGAAGGGACUCCUGUACAGACUGCUGAAGGUUCCUGCAGCAGAUCUGAAGCUCACCUACACCAGCCCCAAGAUGUUGGGGACGGAGUUUGAGAUCGACAGUGACCUGAAGACUCUAGAGUUUUACUCCAUAGAGGACGGAGACCAGGUGUUGGUCCGCUGGUCCUGACCCUGCAGACCCUGCAGCGGUGAGGAAGAAACCCCGUUCUCACGGAACAAAAACUUUCAGGACGGAAUUGAACUGCAGCUGCUUCUGUGUUGGACUCUGAUCCAUCAGCAGACUGUGUCCCUAUUGGAGAGGACUCACGGAGAGAUGGAUUAACAGCAUAAUGACGCUCAUUCUGGAUCUGUUGUUUCCAAAAUGUAACCGCAUCGGGAGCAAAUCACCUCUCAGCUUAAUGCAUGGUACCCUUGUUCUUCUUUCAGGACUUCAUUCAGAGUCACCACAGUCAAAAAGUGAAAUCUACAAGUGCACUAACAAAUCAAAGGACUUGAUGAAUA